AUGAAGAUGAAAGCGAAAUGUCGAGUGAUAUUGUCGAUAUUUGAGAAAGGCAUCGGUGAAAAACGAAACAACAUCAAUUCAAUAUGUUUCAAUCUUUCUCUCUGCUGCCUUAUUGUGCUGUCUCCAGAAAAAGGAAUAAAAAAGGACAGCAUUGCUAGAAUGAGACAAUUUCUAAUUUUUAUUCAUUUUCCAUCCCUGAAGACUGAUGAAUUAAUUAAUGGAAAUUGUGAAAUGAUAUUUUUGCGACAAGAAAUGGAACAUGAGAAUAAAAUAUGUGAUGAAGAGAAAGCAAGCGCAAAUUCCAAAUAUCAAAACUCAAAGCAAAUUAUUAAAUAUGAAAUUCUUUAA